AUGAUGGCCGACAGUGGUGACCGGGUCGAGGACCACGUCGAGGCCUUUGACAGCCAAGAGUCCCAGGCAACAACCCAUGAUAAGCCGCAGCAGCCGCCUGGAGGAGAUCCCAUCCAGAACGAUCAGGCUCAUCUUGAUCCCAGCCGGUGGUGGUUUGCCAGCUCCGCAUUCCCCCUCAUCGCCGGCACACUCGGGCCUGUCGCCAAUGCCUUCAGUAUAUGCGCCCUGGUUCGCCCCUGGAGGCAGAAGUUCCCCCCGGGCUCUGACCUUGACAAGGCUGAGUUUGUCACGGAUCCUAUAUGGCUUACCGUCAUCAAUGCCAUCCAAGUGGUUAUGGCUGUCAUUGCGAACCUGGUCCUGCUGCUCAACAUGGCCAGGAAAAUCAGAUUCUCGAUAGCCCAGCCAAUUACUAUAGUCACAUGGUACAUAUCCUCCAUCUGCCUCAUUGCACUCAACGCCACGGCCGCUGGCCCACUUGUACAGCAGCCCGAAGACAUCUACAUCUGGUCACAGGCCUUUUACUAUGGCAUCUAUGCUGCAUGUCUGUACUUUGUCUGCUCGUCGCUCAUGGUAGUGACAUUUUGGGGGGCAAUGAAGGGUCACUACUCCAAGGACUUCCAGUUGACUAACAGUCAGCGCACCCUGAUGCUCCAAACCAUCAUGUUUCUCGUGUACCUUCUUGUCGGAGCCCUGGUGUUCUCCACCAUCGAGGGCUGGCCAUAUCUAGAUGCGGUGUAUUGGGCCGAUGUCACCCUCUUCACUGUCGGAUUCGGUGACUUUUCCGCAGCAACUCCGCUCGGUCGGGCACUUCUCUUCCCUUAUGCCUUGAUCGGCGUCAUCAGCCUCGGUCUGGUCGUUGGCUCCAUCCGUAGCCUCGUACUUGAACGUGGCCAACGUCAAUUAAGCGCAAGGUUGAUGGAGAAGAAACGCAAAAGAACACUGAGGAGGAUGGUCCGCCGUGGCAAGGACGACGUGCUCAUCCCCGUAACAGACGAUGGGGACGAUGACGACUACCCAGAGAGGAGCACUGCCACCUUCACCGAGUAUCAGCGCCGAAAGAGAGAGUUUGAACUGAUGAGAAAGAUUCAGGCGCGGGCAGAGCACCGGAGGCGAUGGAUGGCCAUGGGGAUCUCGACCACGGUGUGGCUACUUCUCUGGCUGGUUGGUGCUGCCAUCUUUCAGCAAUGCGAGCUUCGGUACCAGGGUUGGACAUACUUUGACGGCUUCUACUUCGCAUUCGUCAGUCUGACCACCAUUGGAUAUGGUGAUGUCACUCCAAUCUCACCUGCCGGGAAGUCAUUCUUUGUGAUCUGGUCUUUGCUCGCAUUGCCUACCAUGACAGUACUCAUCUCGAACGCCGGCGACACUGUGGUAAAGUUUGUCCGUGAAGCUACAGACAAGCUGGGCACUGUCACUAUCCUACCAGAUGAAAAAGGUUUCAAAAAGGCGUUAAAGGAGAUGGUAGGGCCACUCUCUUUGGGUCAAGUGUUUGGCAAGGAUAGCGAUGUCGAGGAGAGCCCACCGGGAGGUCUCGGCUUUGCAGAAGAGCACGGUGAUGAUACCGAAGAUGAAGAGGCCGGCAGCGCCAAAUCCACGGGCUCACUGGACAGGGAAGCUCGAAACGUCACUAGCCAACAAUCGGGUAACUCACCAGUGAGUGAUGAUGGAGCACUCGCCGACGGAAAAGAUGGCACAGGCCCAGUUGAGAAACGAGACUCGCCCAUGGAUGGAACUCCUACCACGCAAACCGAAGCCACAUAUGACAUUCGCCGGUCAUCCACGGCACCAGUUCCCGUUCCUGCAAGCAAAGGCCACCUGAGCUUCAAGGAGCCGCAGGGCCGCUCUUCAUCAUCUAAGACUGGAAAUGUCGGCAUAAAGCGCUCGAUGACACCAAACGGCAAUGGACCCGGCGGGAAGGAUCCGAAUAACAUCAGGGCGCAAACCCUCAAAAUGAAACGUGCAGUGUCUGUCCCGCGUACAGCGGCCGAAAUCCCCCGAGAUGUGCCUACGGACCCCCACGAUUACCACCUGCUGCUGAUCGACGAAAUCAGCCGGGUGACCCAGCACCUCAAGUCCCACCCCCCACGCAAGUACGACUUCCAUGAGUGGGCCUGGUACCUCAAGCUCGUCGGCGAGGACGAGAGCAGCGCAGAUACGCACAAAAAGGCAGUUCCGAGGAGCAAGAAGAAGAACAAGAGUCGGGACCAGGAAGCCGAGGGAAAUGAUCCAGAGAAGCUGCAGUGGAGUUGGGUUGGCAGUCGUAGCCCACUUAUGGGGAGCCAAGAGGAAGCCGAGUGGAUUCUCGAAAAGCUGGAGCAGAAAUUGACUGGGGAAUUGAGGGCUGCCAGGGAUGCUGCCAGGAAGAAGGCUUCCGUUGGGUGA